GAGCGGUGCAUGUUGGGAUAUAAUUACAGCCUGUGAUGGUGAAGAUUUUCAUUUCGUUAACAUAAAAUGAAGCGUGUUUUCACCCUCUCGGAGAAAGGUUGGCAGGGAUCGUGUUUGCAGUAUAAGUGGCAGAAAACAUUGGGGAAUUACAUUGCUGUUGCUGGGCCUGACAAUCAAGUAAAAAUCUUUGAUAGACAUGGACAGAAGAAGAAUGAACUUAACCUACCAGGAAAGUGCAUGUCGAUGGACUGGGAUAUGGAUGGAGACACGCUGGCUGUCAUUGCAGACAAGUCCAGCGGUAUCUACCUGUGGGACGCCAACGUUAACAAGACAUCUCAGCUGGACAGUGGAAUGAGGGAUCAGAUGUCCUUCAUCCUCUGGUCAAAGACAGGAUCUCUGCUGGCAGUGGGAACGAGCAAAGGCAACCUGCUCAUCUACAAUCAGCAGACCUCUCGCAAGAUCCCUGUGCUGGGCAAACACACCAAAAAGAUCACAUGUGGCUGUUGGAGCUCCCAGAACCUGCUGGCUCUGGGCAGCGAGGACCGAAAUGUGACCAUCAGCAACCACGAGGGGGACACCAUCCGACAGACACAAGUGCGGGCAGAUCCGACGGAUGUCCAGUUCUCCGUGAUGAAGACGGACGAGAGAGCGUCAUCAGGGGAGAGCACAGUCAGUGUAGUGGUCGGGAGGAAGACCCUGUUUCUCUUUAACCUGAAUGAUCCAGACAACCCCAUCGAGCUGGCCUUUCAGCAGCGGUACGGCACGAUCAUCGCCUACCGCUGGUAUGGAGAUGGGUACAUCAUGAUUGGCUUCUCUCAGGGCUACUUCGUGGUGAUCUCCACCCACAUUCGGGAGAUCGGCCAGGAGCUCUUCCAGGCCCACAACCACAAGGACAGCUUGACCAGCAUCGCCAUCUCCCAGUCCCUGAACAAGGCCGCCUCCUGUGGGGACAGCUGUAUCAAGAUCCAUGACUUGACGGAGCUGAAGGAAAUGUAUGCUAUUGUUAACCUGGACGAUGAAACCAAAGGUCUGGACCAGCUGUCAUGGACGGAUGACGGGCAGCUGUUGGCGGUCUCCAGCCAGCGCGGCACUCUCCAUGUCUUUCUCACUAAGCUGCCCAUCCUGGGGGACACCUGUGGCACCAGGGUGGCCUACCUCACCUCCCUGCUGGAGGUCACCGUUGCCAACCACGUGGAGGGGGAGGCACCUCUUGCUGUAGAAGUGGAGGUGGAACCCAACUUCAUCGCCGUGGGGCCCGACCACGUCGCCGUGGGGAUGAACAACCGCGCGUGGUUUUACGCUCUGGGAGAGAACGGGGUGGAGAAGCUGAAGGACACAGAGUAUUUGGGGACGGUGGCCAGCAUGUGUCUGAACUCAGACUACGCCGCUGCGCUGUUCGAGGGCAAGGUGCAGCUACACAUGAUUGAGGGAGAGGAGCAGGAGGUGCAGGAGGACAGACAAACGCGCCUCUUUCCUGGGCGUGACGACAAAUGCCGCAUCCUGGCCCACGCCCUCACCGCCGACUUCCUCUUUUACGGCACUGACACUGGCGUGAUUCAGUGCUUCUACAUCGAGGACUGGCAGUACGUCAACGAGCACCGGCACCCCGUCGGCGUCAGGAAGCUGUGCCCCGAUCCCAACGGCACUCGGCUCGUCUUCAUCGACGACAAGAGCGACGGCUUCCUCUACUGCCCGGUGAACGACUCCGUGCACGAAAUCCCCAGUUUCGCUCCGACCGUUAAAGGCGUUCUGUGGGAAAACUGGGCGAUGGACAAGGGUGUGUUUGUCGCCUAUGACGACGACAAGGUCUACACCUACGUCUUCCACAAGGACACCAUCCAGGGAUCCAAGGUCAUCCUGGCGGGGGGCACCAAGCUGCCGUUUUCCCAUAAGCCCCUGCUGCUGUACAACGGCGAGCUGACGUGCCAGACUCAGAGCGGGAAGACCAGCAGCGUGGUGCUCAGCACGCACACCUUCCUGGACAGCAGCUGGAAGGACGCCCCUCCUGCUGAGCUCUCCCGCAUGCUCACACAGGCCCUCAUGCUCAAGAGGUUCUCGGAGGCCUGGGAGCUGUGUAAAGCCCUGAACAGCGCCGACUCGUGGGCGGAGCUGGGCCGCGCCUGCAUGCACCACAUGGAGGUGGAGCUGGCCAUCCGGGUGUACCGCAUGGUGCGCAACGUCAGCAUGGUGCUGUCCCUGGAGGACAUCAAGGGGAUUGAGGAUCAGAAUCUGCUGGCAGGACAUCUGGCCAUGUUCACCAAUGACUUCAACCAGGCCCAGGACCUGUACCUGGCCUCCACCUGUCCCAUCGCUGCCCUGGAGAUGAGGAGGGACCUGCAGCACUGGGACAGUGCCCUGCAGCUGGCUAAGAGACUGGCUCCCUCUCAGAUUCCCUUCAUCUCCAAGGAGUACGCUGUCCAGCUGGAGUUUGUUGGAGACUAUGUGAAUGCACUGGCGCACUAUGAAAAAGGGAUCACUGGUGACAACAAGUUCCAGGAGCACGACGAGGCCUGUCAGGCGGGCGUGGCACGCAUGUCCAUCAGGAUGGGCGACAUCCGCCGGGGGGCGAACCAGGCUAUCAAGCACCCCAGCAGAGUGCUGAAGAAGGACUGCGGGGCUAUCCUGGAGAGCAUGAAGCAAUUUUCUGAGGCAGCUCAGCUCUAUGAGAAAGGGCAGUACUACGACAAGGCCGCCUCCGUCUACAUCCGCUGCAAGAACUGGGCGAAGGUUGGCGAACUCCUGCCUCAGGUGACCUCUCCUAAGAUCCACCUGCAGUACGCCAAGGCCAAGGAGGCAGACGGCAGGUACAAGGAGGCGGCCGCGGCCUACGAGAGCGCCAGGGACUGGGACAACGUGAUCCGCGUCCAGCUCGACCACCUCAACAACCCCGAGGAGGCCGUGCGCGUCGUCCGCGACACGCAGUCCAUCGACGGGGCCAAGAUGGUGGCCAGGUUCUUCCUGCGUCUGAGUGACUACGGCUCUGCCAUCCAGUUCCUGGUUCUGUCCAAGUGCAACGACGAGGCCUUCCAGCUCGCCCAGCAGCACAGCCAGAUGGAGGUGUACGCUGACAUCAUCGGCUCUGACGCCACCAUGGAGGAUUACCAGAGCAUCGCGCUGUACUUCGAGGGGGAGAAGAAGCACCUGCAGGCGGGCAAGUUCUUCCAGAAGUGUGGCCAGUACGGCCGGGCCCUGAAGCACUUCCUGAAGUGUCCCAACACAGAUGACAACCUGGCUAUCGAGCUGGCCAUAGAGACCGUGGGACAGGCCAAGGAUGAAGCUCUGACGAACCAGCUGAUCGAUUACUUGAUGGGAGAGAGUGAUGGGAUGCCCAAGGAUGCAAAGUACCUGUUCCGGCUCUACAUGGCCCUGAAGCAUUACAGAGAAGCGGCUCGCACUGCCAUCAUCAUUGCCAGAGAGGAGCAGUCUGCAGGGAACUACAGGAACGCCCACGACGUCCUCUUCAGCAUGUACACGGAGCUGAAGGCGCAGAAGAUCCGCAUCCCGGCGGAGAUGGCCACCAACCUGAUGAUCCUGCACAGCUAUAUCCUGGUCAAGGUUCAUGUGAAGCGGGGAGAUCACCUGAAAGGGGCACGCAUGCUCAUUCGUGUGUCCAACAACAUCAGCAAGUUCCCCUCCCACAUCGUGCCCAUCCUGACGUCGGCGGUGAUCGAGUGCCACCGGGCCGGCCUGAAGAACUCCUCUUUCAGCUUCGCCGCCAUGCUGAUGCGGCCGGAGUACCGCAACAAGAUCGACCUCAAGUACAAGAAGAAGAUUGAAGCCAUGGUCCGACGUCCUGACACCUCUGAGUUGGAGGAAGAGACCACGCCCUGUCCCUACUGCGGCUUCAGCCUGCCGGAGUGCGAGCUGCUGUGUCCUGGCUGCAAGAACAACCUGCCCUACUGCAUCGCCACUGGUCGGCACAUGGUGAAGGAGGACUGGUCGGUGUGUCCCCACUGUGACUUCCCUGCACUCUACUCCCAGUUCCUGGCUUUGCUGGAGACGGAGACGGUGUGUCCCAUGUGCUCGGAGAACCUCGGUGCCAGCCAGGUGAAGAAGACCUCAGACUGCUCCAGCUACCUGCAGCUGGACGAGCUGGAGCACUGACCAGCAGGAGUUCCAGAGAAUCUACUGUCAGCAGUGAAAGGAAGUGAAUAUUUUCAGUAACAGUAAUCACCCAGUGAAACUUAGAAAUGGGAGCAUUCCAAUAUACUGCUCUGAACAUUAAUUUGAAACCUCACAGCCUUAAAGCUCUGGUAUGACCACACCUAGACUUUGUAAAAUACUAGUCCUGACGAAAUCUUAUGUGUUGCUUACAUUCCAAAUACAGUAGCAAAACUCAACAUUUUUAGCUGAGCUUUUCUGCAAGAAAUAUCGAUUCACAAGCGAGCAGUGCUAGACGUUCCGUGCACAUAUUCCAGGACUGUCUACCGCUGCAAGUGGCAACACACCUGGUACAUGAUUCCAAAUCGCCAUUGCUCUCUCUCUCCGCUGGUUAUUCAACUGUUGGCAGCGGGUAUGAAAAGCCAGAGAAACCUUUUGUCUAGACGCACAAGCCGAAAGGGAACAGGUCGCCGGCGUGCUGAGGACAGGAAUGCCACAGUCAGCAGGGGUUACAGUUAAAAGUGCAAAAGACAAACGGUUUAUAUUCACACAAGCCGCCACGUUCCGAAAGGGUCAGCUGGGGUCAGCUGGGGUCGUCUGCAUCAGCAUGUGGGGGAGACUGUCUGAGCCUGGGACGCAUGCAGAACCAAACUGCCCUUUUGGAAAGAGUGGCACGGGAGUCCACACCACCACGGCAGCGUCCAUGUGAUGUCUGUGGCCAGCUGGUGAACACUGUAAAACUGUGCUGUAAGAAUAUGGACCCCAUAUCUGUUAUGGCUUUUGUUCAAUGACAGUAAGCAGCUGUCUUAAAAUAU